CGAAAGUUACAUAGGGAUGAGUCCGGGGCUUUCAGGUGAGCGUUCUUUUAGAGCUAUACUUCGGGGUUCGCAAUUAGUGAGUGAAUCUUCCCAGCAGGAUCUCGUGGAUAUAGAAAACAUUUUAGAUGAACAGAAUGAAAGAAGAAAAAAUCAGUAUCAUGAGGGAGUUGAGAACGAUUUAAGAUGCAGCAAAGAAGGCAGCGCCAGCGCUAGCAACAAUACUCCUAACACCUUGAAAUCACAAGAACACAGGAAGCCCGCAACGAGGGUGGAGCACGGGGAUUCGCAGGAAAGUUUGAGGACAGAAACCACUUCGAAGGAGGAUCGCCAGCGCGUGCAUGGAGGCCACUCAACCACUCAGCAGGCGGCUCCUCACGAUUCUCACGACAAUGCUAAGGUGUGCCGGGGACGCUCCUCCCAGCAGAAAAAAACGGUGGGUGGGGGCGGGCUGGCCAUCCUUUCUCAUUUGCCAGAGCACUGCUUCAAGUCUUCCGACCAACUCCCUUAUAAACAGUAUAGCAAUCUGCAUCCGUCAGUCAUCGAAGUCGGGCUUAAGCAGAACCGCUUUAAGAUAGUCGGAUCGAACGAGAGAUGUAGAUCAAUGCUGCACGCCUUAAAAUUGAUGAUUGAGGAGUAUCGCACUCCUUCCGAUAAGCAAUUUUCACGUGACUUGGAAGCAAGACUAAAUCACCAUAUUGAAUUUUUGGCCAACUGCCGGCUUUUGUCCUCCAAUAUGCGGAACGCCAUUCGAGUUGUGAAGCUGAUAAUUUCCAACGUCAACCCGGAGAUAACAGAAGACCAGGCCCGUAAAGACGUUCUCGCGAGGAUAGACUUUUUUGUAAAAACCAGGAUCGAACUUGCAAGCAAAGAAGUUGUCCGCUACGUCAGUUCGAAGAUUCAGAACGGCGAUGUGAUCCUCGUUUAUGGCUGCUCUACAAGUGUUUUAUCGUCCUUGAAGCAUUCUUCUGCGCAGGGAAAAAAGUUUCGUGUCGUUGUAGUAGACAGUCGACCCCGCUUGGAAGGAAAAACGCUCUUGAAAGAGUUAAAAAACAGCGGACUUGAUUGCACCUACAUUCUGCUCAACGCUGUAUCGUAUCUCCUGCGCGAGGUCACCAAAGUUCUGCUAGGCGCCCACACCUUCUUUGCCAAUGGUCACAUGUUGGCACGUGUCGGAUCCGCCAUGAUUUCCUUGCUGGCGAAGGUGCAUUCAGUGCCAGUCAUAGUGUGUUGCGAGUCUUACAAAUUCAGCUCCCGCGUGCAAAUUGACUCGCUAGUCUAUAAUGAAUUGAUAAAUGAGGACUGCGUCGUCCCAAUUUCCGAUCCAGCCAGGCGUGAGCAGCUAUCUGAAGCCCUUAAAAGUACCAAAAAACUACACACUCUCCAUCUUUUGUACGAUGUUACUCCUCCGGAAUUGAUCGACGUAAUUGCAACUGAAUUUGGUCUCGUGCCCACUACGUCUGUCCCCGUUAUUCUAAGAGAAUACGAUGUUGCAAAAAAACGAAGCAAACUUUUGACUUACUAAUUAUUUAUUUGUUAUUCGUGCCUUUAUGAAAGCAAUAAUCUUAUUAAAAACAUUGCGCUCGCUUAUCGUGCUCUGU